GGAGGAGGAUAUGAAGGUGGAGGGAGCGGAGGGCGAGGAGCGUACGGUGGAGGAGGAGGAUAUAGUGGUGGAGGUGGAUAUGGUGGAAGGUUUCCUGGAAGAUAUGCUGGUGGCUACGGAUCUGGAGGAGGUGGAUAUGGAGAUGGACUCGGAUUCGAUGGAUUCAACAAUAUCGGUGACAAUUUUUCUAAGGGACAUAGUAAAGGGCAUCACAAGGGUGGCCAUGAGUACCAGAAAGGUCACGAUGGCCACGCUGUGUCUCAUCACAAAAGUCAUUUCCAGGCAUCGCAUCAUAAACAUCAUUUACAUGAGUCGCAUUACGAAGGUCAACCUCAUCAAAAAAGCCAUUCGCAUGAAACUCAUCACAAAAGCCACUAUAAACCAAAAAGUCAUUCCCACUCCAAAAGUAAGUCACACGGCUCACACCAUAAAAGUCACUCUCGCCCAAAGAGUCAUUCGAAGUCUAAAAGUCAUUCACACGAUUCUCAUCACAAAAGCCAUUCGCACGAAUCUCAUCACAAAAGCUCUUCCGACAGCAAAUCGAAAAGUAGCUCAAGACCCUCGUCUAAAGCGCAUCACGCAAGCUUAGAAGAAGAUGACACACUCUACGGUCUUCCAAAAGCAUCAACUGGAUUCCAUUUCCCAGAAACAUUACUCAAAUCUCCCAGUGGAAGUUCAGCAAGUAAAGAGGGAUUUGGUGCACUACACAGUCACAGCAUCUAUAGCGAAGAAUGCGAUUCAAAGUGUCGAAGAAGAAGCCAUCGCAGAAACCGAAGAAAUGCCGAAAACUACGCUAACUUGCAAUCGGGUUACACCAAAACUCCAGAGUGGACUUCCAAUUACGAAGUAAUUGAGAGUGCUGUUCUGCAAUCAAAUUCAGAGCCGGAAGAGGAAAAGUUACUAAGAGAAAUACGGAAAAAUGAUAGAAACAAUUGUGGACUUCGGCUUGUUUGUGAACUUUCAGCUACCAGAGACCGACCUCUUCUUCGGGAAGAAUGGGAAAUCCUCGCUUUUGUAUGGAACGGCGACGAACUUUUCGACCAGGCGUUCCCGGGCCAAGGGAUCGGUCCCACAAGCGAGGCUCUGAGGGACUAUAAAGAGGCGGCCUAUCUUGGUCAGCGAGGAGGCUCCUGCAGCGAUCAAUUUUUUUCAUGCCCUGUUGAUGCAAAAACUAUGAUUAAUGAAAUACUAGAAGCGCGAAGAAUAUAUAGUUUGAAUACUUUUUUUAAUUAGAAAUAUCUUUUUAUUUAAUUUUAUGAAUCGAAAUCAAGGCAAUUUUUAUUCACUCGGAGUAAAAAAUACACUUGUGUUUAGGAGAUGUGUUCAUGCAAAUGUAAUGGAAGGAACCUGUUCAAAUUUGAUGCACGUUGCUGGAUGAUCUCUGUGGUUGAGCAGUAACAUCUCUGACGUCGAAAUUUAUAAUGUGAAAUUAUAUAAUUGAAUUACUACCAGUUAAUUUGAAUAUCCUUACAUUAUUAUGUUUGCCAUUUAACGCAACCAAAUUAAAUGGGACAAAGUAAUGUAAGAGUCUUUCGUGUAACCGCACACUUUCUGAAAAUUAUAUGCACCUGGAUUGUAAAAAUGUAACAUAGUUUUUGUAAUAAUUUCGUUUACAGUUCUUAUGUGAAAUGAUUCGAGUAAUAUAUGAAAUUCUUUGACCCCAAUUAGUGAACCUUCUUCCCUAUGGAAUGAUUUCAUUCACAGGAAAAUUUCUCGAACAUUGAAUUCAUUUUUGUCACCGUUGAUAUUUUAGCUAAAAUAUAUGUAGAUAUUGCGUAUAUUUCGUAAGUUGUUGUUGUUAUUUCUCCUCGAGCUGUUUUGUUUAAUAUUGAAUGAAAGUUUUAUAGAGUUUUAAUUCUUCCCUUGCAUAUUUUUGGCCUGUCGCUAGAAGAAAGCAGUUGCAUUAAAGUAGCUACUUGAGUCAUUCAAAUUCCGUUUAAGUAUUUGGACGGUCAAAUUCUAUAAAUUAAGCCACUUUAGAAAUGACAUAGUUAUUUCAUUAUUUGGCAUGCAUUUCGUUGUUUAUAUUCUUACGUACACUUAUCAAAAUCCAUGUAGUAUUCAUCGAAACCUUUGCCUGCAUUGAACCGGAGUUUAGGUCAGAGGUGAAUUCCUUUAAUUCUGAUCCUCUAAAAUUCAUCGUUUAUCGGAUGAGCCAACAUUUCCUCCAUUAUAGUUUAAUGAAUUCACUUUGCAAUAUCAAUAGAGUAUAAUGAACGUCAGAGUUGAACUGUAUUGAAAAUUUUAAGUAAUG